AUGCGUUUGAUUAUUCGAGAACGUCCAGAGCAGGUGGCACAGUAUAUCGCCGCGUAUAUUGUCAAACGAAUCAACACCUUUGCCCCAACGACAGAACGACCAUUCGUCCUCGGACUACCAACAGGCAGCAGCCCUCUACCCAUCUACAAAGCACUAAUUGCCGCAUACUCUCGCGGCGAGAUCUCAUUCCAACAUGUCGUAACCUUCAACAUGGACGAGUACGUCGGUCUACCUCGCGACCAUCCCGAAUCCUACCACUCAUUCAUGUACACCAAUUUCUUCAAACACAUCGACAUCGACGUAAAAAACGUCAAUAUCCUCAACGGGAAUGCCGCAAGUUUAACAGAGGAGUGUCUUGCCUACGAGUCUAAAAUCAAAGCCCUGGGUGGAAUUGAACUAUUCCUAGGCGGCGUGGGCAGUGAUGGCCACAUUGCUUUCAACGAGCCUGGAUCUAGCCUGGCUAGUCGGACUCGAAUCAAGUCCCUCGCUCAUGAGACUAUCAUCGCUAAUGCGCGGUUCUUCAAUGGUGAUGUUGACGCUGUGCCUCGUAUGGCGUUGACAGUUGGAGUACAGACCAUCAUGGAUGCUAGAGAGGUGGUUAUAAUCGCAACUGGAACUGGCAAAGCGCUUGCGAUUCAGCAGGCUGUUGAAGGUGGUGUCAGCCACUGGUGUACAUUAUCUGCUUUGCAGCUACACCCAUCCAGUAUGGUGGUUGUUGAUGAAGAUGCUACGAUGGAGUUGAAAGUGAAAACGGUCAGAUACUUCACGGGUGUGGAACGUACUAUCCUCCAGAAAGGGAUGAGCAUUGAGACUCAGCCAACACUUACGUUGGCCACGUCGAACGAUACAGCAUGGAGAGAGCCGGAAGAUGGAGAACUGACGCCAGACAGUAUGUCCUCACGCAUUGGACAACUGAAACCGUUGACUGUGAGAUCUGUCACUAUGCCAUUUUCACCAGUCUGA